CAUGUGUCGAGCAACACCUCUGCGCUCGAAGGGUUUUCCUCCUCGCCAACUGGCGCUGCCACUGCACGCACCGUCUCAAGAGCCAUGUCGAGACACAGCAACGCUAAGGACGAGGCUGGUCACGAUGGCUCAGGGGAUAGUGCAGCUGCGGAUGAUUACUUCUUGCAAGCUGGCACGGCAUCCACAGCUUCAAAACACCCGUCAUCACAGAGGACCGCGGAGAGGAGCAUACCCAAGAUCAGCGUGGACGCUGGCAGUACGCCUGGCAACGCCCUCAAGGGCGGCCAGCGUCCCAAGUACCUGCGCAGUCGCAUGUCGAGCCAGCGAUCUUCCGACUCCGACUUCGCCGCUGGGGACACCGAAAGUGACGCUACCGUCGGCACAGCGGACCUUCGUGCAGAUUACGCCCUACAGUCUGGUGGAGCCGUGCCGGCGAUGAGCAUGUCGCGGAAUAGCAGCGUAAGCAAUAUGAUCACACGCCAGAUCAGCAUGGGCAGCAUGGUGUCGGACUUUCGCGAGGACUCGACUGGGCGCAUAGGCAUGGAGCCGCUGGAGCCGCUGGAGCCGUUGACUGAGGACGAGGGCGUUCGUUUUGGAGACCAGCUGAAGACGCCCAGAGCUCCGAAACAGGCUCUGACCGAACCGACCGACACAGUGAUCGCGAGACACGUUAGGAACGUCCAGGUGCCUGAGUCGCUGGCCAGGGAGUACAGGACAAAGAGUGGCCUUGUGACGCCCAGGCGGAAGAUGUCAGAGGUGAACCUCAGUGCCAGCGCCAGCACCACUCGCACCGGCCGAAACCUCACACUUAAGGAACAAAGCAGCACAAUAGAACGGCUCUCCAAGGAGAACUUUGACCUGAAGCUAAAGGUCAUGUUCUUGAGCGAUCGCCUUGACAAGCUCUCCGAAGAAGGUAUUAAGGAAAUGAUCUCGGAGAAUGUGGAGCUCAAGACAAGCCUAGCGGUCCUGCAGCGCGACAACAAAGUCCUGCGCCGCCGCGUGAAGGAGCUGGAGAGAAAGCUCAAGGACGAGGACGAACGACCCGGUACAGCUAAAAGCGGGGCGUCCUCGGCUGGUCAGACGGCAGAAGACUACGAGCAGAAUGCUGCAAAUGAGGAGGAGCUUCUCUAUCUACGUGAGCGGGUCGACGAGUACGUCUCCGAGAUUGAGCGUUUGAGGCAAGAAAGCCUGAACAAGGAGGCAGAAAAGAGGCGCAUGGCAGAGGUUGUCAAGAAUCUUCAGGCCGUCAAUGCGGGCCGCAUAGGAGACUCGCUUGGUCAAGACGACGAGACAGAGGUGUGGAGGGAGCUGUACUCCCAGGAGUCUGGGCGCCGAGAGCAGGCAGAAGAGGACAACCAGAGGAUGGGCGACGAGAACAAGAGACUGCGCGACGAGGUCUUUCGCCUGAAGCAAGAGCUCACGAAUGGUACGAUGAGCUCGACCGGUAACUCGGCCGGCACUGGUCUACAGCAUACUACCAACAUCUACAACAUCACAAGGAAGCCUAGGCCUGAAUCGCCGUCGAGCGUCACUCUGGUGGAAGAGCUGCGCCGCGAAAGCGAGCAGCUCAGGCAUGAAAACGCGGAGCUGAGGCGCGAAGUCGGUGCACAGACGUCCAUGCUGACCUCGAGAAACCGAGAGAAGGAAAGGUUAUACCAAGAAAUUGAGGACCUGAAGAUGGCACAGCGCCGCAGUGGUACGGCAAGCUCGACUCUUGACAGCAUUCUGGAUCGUUCCGCCUCUCGUUCUGGCGUGCAUGACCGGCCGCCAUCUCGAGGGAGCCAGGCUACCCGCACAGCGACUCUCGACGAGGAUCCCGAACGGGAGGAGCUCGAGAACAAGCUGGCCGAGCUUCGCGACAAGCUCAGUGCGGUCAAGAUGCAGAACCAGGACCUGCAACAGGAGCUCAACGCCUACGUCGAGGAAUACGAGGCCGAGCUGGAAGCCAGGAAAGAAGUGGAGACGGCCGCCCUGCAGCUGCAAGAAGACCUCGAAGCCACCCAGAAUGACCUUAUGGCUUUGCAGCAAGAGCGGGAUGAGCUGCUUCAGGAGAACUCCGGCAUGGACCAAGAAUUCAACAAUCUGCGGACGGAGGCGCAGGACGAGAUUGACCACCUCGAAGCAGAGGCUGAACAGCGAGACGCGGAGAUCGCUCGGCUCAAUCAGGAGCUUGUCGAGCGCAGCGAGAAUCAAGAAGCCCUGCAGGAAGAGAUGCGCCGGCUGAGUGACGACAUGAUCCGGUUCGAGGACACCCAAGAGGCCCAGCUCAGGCGGAUCAAACAGCUCGAGGAAGAGCUAACGCAGAGCAAUACCGAGCUCGAGGACCUGGAGGAGAAGCUCAUGGCGGCCAACGACAAAGUAUCCCGUCUCAGUGUGCAGCAAGAAUCCAACCAGGGUGAGAUCGCCUUCUUGCGCGAGGAGCAGGAAGGCGACAAACUCAAGAUCGGCGACCUUGUCGGCCAGGUGGCACAACUCGAGGUUGUCCUCCGAGAGGAGAAGGACAAAACCAAGGAGCUGGAGGCACAGAUGCAGAAUGAGAGACAGCAACACGAGAUUGUCACCAACCAGGAGAAGGAGGAGGUCCAGCAGGUGGUCAACCAGCUCAACAGAGAGCUGACGGUGGCCAAGGACGAGUCCAGGAAGCUGCGCAAGAGCCUCUCUAAGCAGGAGAUCGAGGCAGCUGAGUGGAAGGAGCGGCUGCAAGAGCUGGAGAACAACCUCAGAGAGGCGCUUGGAGAUCUCAACGGCACCAAGUCCACUUUCCUUCGUGACAUCUCCAAGCUUCAGCAUGACCUUGAGAGGACGUGCCGCGAGCUCGACACCACCCGGACGGCUCUCAACGACAAGGAGCGCCUGCUGAAACACCGGGACGAGCUCCUCGAGACCUCCGCUCUGGAGGCCCGUCGGCUGGCUGAGAUGUUCGACAAGGAGAAGCAGCUUCAUCGUACCACGAAGCAUGAGCUCGAUACAUACCAGAAGACGCAGCUUCACAUCCACGGCAACAUGUCCACUGCUGAGCUGCGCAUCAAGGAGCUAGAAUCGUCCAAGAGCAGAGACAAGCAACGGCUUGCCAAGCUGGAGUCGACGCUCAAGGAGCAACUGAACGAGCGAAACAGCCUCCUCCUGGUGCUAUGGACAAGGCUGUCGACCCUCUGUGGUACCGACUGGGCGCACGACAACAGCCUCAUCAGUGGGCGCGCACUGCCCUCACUAGAGGCUGUGGCCACCAUGCUGCCCGGCUUCAGCAAGAAUCUGCUGGCUGCUGUGAGGACCAUCGAGUCCAUCAUGGGCAAGUUCCAAGACCGCGCAAGGAGCAUCGAGCGCGAAUUGUGGAAGGAGUAUCAACACCUGGAGGAGACCCUUGAUAAACGCAUGAAGAAGCUUGAUAAGCUCGAGUCGAUUGUGCGGAACGGUAUUGCCACGGGCUCGAUAGGGGGCGGUGGCGUGGCGGCGCAGGCUCUUGUUGACAACCUGCGCCAGCGGAUAGUGAAGCUUGAAGAUGUGAACAGACAGCUGCAGGUGGACAAUGCAACCCUGCGAACUGCGAACGAGGUGCGCGCGCGUGCAGCACAGGAGGCAAGUCUGGAGCCCCGUGGUGAUAGGAACUUUGAUGGUGGCAGCCCCAGCCCAGCCAUCCCAACCGGACCGCGCGAUCGGCCUUCUGGAUCUUCGGAACGGUCGCGCUCCAGCCGCCAGACCAGUCGGACGUACGGGCCGGCUAUGACGGCGUCGUCUUCUUCCUCGGUCCGCCGCGAUGCCAGUCGACCCUCAACCAUCUCGCGCGCACACACAGAGAACGAAGCCGUCACGCUGUCGAAUUCAAAAGACUACGCACCGCCAUCCGACGCAGACAUCAAGUGGAUGCACCGGCUGAAAGACCUCGAGGGCAAACUUAAGGCGGAGCGCGAGGGUCGGAUGCUGGACCGGACAGAAGCAAGUCGGCGACUGUUAGAUCUAGAGGAAAUCGCGCGGGAGGCGCAGAUGAGAGAGGCGAAGCGCGAGAAGCACCGC